AUGGGACAUGUGGACUCGUCAAACCUUCACAAAGUUGAAGACCUGUGGUACGAGGAUGGCACAAUCAUCCUCAUCGCUGGAACAGUCGCCUUCUGCGUACACAAGGGCGUGCUCGUUGCGCUCUCCCCCAUAUUCCGCGACAUCCUUGCACUCCCCAAAUCUCCCAACAACGAUACUAUGGAAGGCCGCGUCGUAGCACACAUUACAGACUCGGGCUUCGAUAUGACGAACUUCCUCAGGGCAGUGUUCCGCCCGGGAUAUAAAAGCCUGGUACGCGAUACCCAGCAAGUCUCAUUUCCCGAGCUCGCCUCCAUCCUCCGCAUGGCCCACAAGUACGACGUCCCAGAGGCGGUCGCGAUCGCCGUAGACCGCCUCUCGCAGCGCUUCUGCGCCCCGUUCCACACCUCGCUCGGCCGCCAAGUCGACUGGGACGACGUCCAGAAGCACCUCGACACGGCCCACGCUUCCGUCGCCUUCGAUCCCGCCGACGCGUUCGAAGCCCUGAACCUCAUGCGACGCAUCAACGCCGCCACGGGUCCGCCACGCUUCCCAGACCGCGCCCUCGCCGUGGCGCUCUUCUACUGCUGCGUCGCGGUGGAGCAGAACCCGCGCCUGGUCCGGAGCGGCGCGCCGCGCGCGGACGGUACGGUGGAGGAGCUGAGCGAUGCGGACUUGGAGCGGUGCGUGCGCGGGACCGCGCUGCUCCGCCAAGAAGUCUACGACGGCGUGUCGCGCGCUUUGAUGGCGUUCCAAGACGGAUACGGAGUUUUCAAGCACCAGAUCAAGUGCCCGCGGCAGAACGGGUGUCAGGAGGACAUCAAGAUCCAUCUGGCGUACGUUCAACUGACGGAAUGCGAACGCACCUGGGGUCGCGGGAGCGUGCGGGACGUUUGGGUGUGGGUGGCGAAACGACAGCCUGCGCCGGGGCUGUUCGGUGCGGAGGCGUGGCAGAAAUGGAUGUGCGGUCCGUGCAAGAAGAAGUUCGAGCAGCUGCUGGAGGAGUCGAUGGUGAAAGGCUGGGACCUGUUUGUCGCGAACAUGUCGGUCUCGGAUUAG